CACAAACGCGCGACGCGCUUCCUUAAACAGGCAAAAUCGGACAUCACUUCCUAGCCAUAAAACAAACGGACAACACAAGCUACACUCAUACCUACUUCUAAUAAGCCCAUUUACUGUUUCAUCUGCGUUUGCAGGUCUGGCCCCGCUACCCUGAGUGCGUGCGCGUUUACCAAUUUACAACCCGACAUCACCUCCCUCCCUCCCUCCCCGCCCGCCGUUAAAAAAACCAGAACCCACGACAUUCCAGAACCCCCGAUCAGCCUAGUCUUCCCUUCCCUCCCAUCCAUGGCACCCACAGAGCCGACCGAACCCGUCAAGCGCGGCCGAGGCCGCCCCCGCAAGGACCCCUCCGAGAAGAAGACCAAGCCCCCGAGCGGCCGGCCGCGCGGCCGCCCCAAGGGCAGCGGCGGCGUCAAGAAGGCCACGGCGGCGGCGGCGACAACGACAGCAGCAUCGGGGCGCACAAAACGGCCCGUCGGCCGGCCGCGGAAGGACGCCUCCGAGAAGAAGGCCGCCGCGCCCGCCAAGCCCACGGGCAGGGGUCGCGGCCGGCCCCGCAAGUCGGACACCGCUGCCGCCGCGGCGAUAACGACGGCGGCAGGUACUCCUCCCAGCAAGGCUGCCGCGGCCAAGGCGGCGGGGACGAAGCGGACGCGGGGCACCCCGGCGGGGGAGGACGACGACGAGGCCGCAGAGGGUGGCAGCGAUGCCGCGUUCGAGGAGGAGCAGCAGUCGGGUGGCGACGAGAGCGAUUUCCAGGGGCAAGACGCCAGUGAGUGACGCGUUCUAGAACUUGCCAACGUGAAAGUUUAUUUCUCUUUUGGCAGCCGCCCUGACUAAAUGGCCGAGCAUACUGUAAGACAAUGGUCACUACUGGGGAGAGUCUGGUUAAAUGACGAUACUGGGUCCGGCCGGGUUGUUUUUACGGGGGGAAUUGUUUAACAGCGGGCUGAAGGGAUGCCUACGGAUGCUUUCUGGGCUUAUUGUUUCAAGUACUAUUGAAUUCGUGCUUUUUGGACUACUUCAUCAUUUGCUGAACUACGUCAGCAG